ACAGUGCGAUGUGGGGAUUCUGAAAGUUACCUUUGUAGAAUCUCUCGACUUUCUAGUGAUGGGAUGUGAAGACGGUAAGAUAUAUGUUUGGGGAUUUGAUGUCAGAGCAGCGGAGAAACUACAAAAGAUUAAUCCCAAGGAAGAUAACAUAGCAGAAACUAAAUACUCGGUUCUCUUAGACAGACAGUCUGAGCUACUGAAAAUCAAGAAUGCAGACACACACACAAAUACUAAGAGAGUCGCGGACUUCAUUUGUUUAUACAUUUUAAAGAAACACAGAAUAUCAGUGUCCAGUUUCAUUGUAUUGGACAGGAGCCAUGGUUAUGGUGGAACUUUCUUGGUAAGUGGUGGAUGGGACCAACAACUUUGCCUGUGGAACUUAGAAACUGGACAACUGCAUGAUGUUUACCAAGGUUCUGAAAAGAGAAAGAAGUCUAGGAAAAAUUUCUUACCAGCAUGUGACGGUGCCAUCCUCGACAUGGACUAUUCUCCAACCCAACACGGAGGUGAUGUUGUGGCAUGUAAAUGGAAUCCCUUCAUUAACAAAUGGAUUACAGCCGCCGAAGAUGGUAUCAUCAGAAUUUGGUCUUCAACAGGAUUGAGCAAUUGUGAACAAGUUCUAUCGGCCCAUGGAUCUAUCUAUAGUCUCAUAAUCGACAAGCUGAAUGGAAAUCUUAUUGCUGCGGUUCAAAACACAAUCAAAGUGUUUGAUAUUGAGAGUUACUGCGUUGUCCAGGUGAAUGUAGGCCACAAUGAUGUAAUAAAAGACAUCAUCCAUGUACCCAGCAGAAACCAGUACGUUUCCUGUUCCUGGGACCAGACUGUUCGAGUAUGGAAAGCAUGGAUGAAAAAAUCUCCUAGAACUUUAAACAGAUGAACAUUUCAAAAUUCGACGAUUUAACAGAAAAACGCAGAAGAUAAUGGAACCUCAAGAAAAUCCCAGAGAGAGAUCAGUCGGCUAGUAUGUGUGUAGUUGAAUAAUAUUCUUAACGCCGAAAUUUACUCACACGCAGCAUCUUUCAGAGCUUGUUGCUGAUCUUUCCAUAUCACAAAGACUGCACUUUCCGCUGCCGUUGGUGUAGGGCUUACACUUGGCUAAGAUCUGUUGUAAUAAUAUUUUACAAUAUUUGUAUUGCUGUUUUUAUGAUGUAAUUAUGUUUUUCUUCAAUAAUGUAAUUUGUAUUUAUUCAAUAAUGUGGUUGAGAUGCUGGUUGUAAUAAUAUGCUAAAAACAUUCAGUAAUAUUUGAUAUUGUUAUGAUAUACAUCUCAGUUUAAGAUCAACGACACUCACGGCAUUGAAUACUGUCAUUUUUUCCCAAUCCAAUAAUGUUAUAUGUAAAUGUUAUACGUCUCGGACGAUUUGACAGCCUUGGCUAUGUAAUUUGUAUUAUGUUACAAAUAAUCACCUUAUGUCAAUGACACGUACGUAGGGCGGUGUUACUAAAUAUCUCACACAAUCUCAUGAUUUCCUUCGCUUUAUAAAUAAUGUUUUGAAUUAAUAAAAUACUGAAAUUAUUACACUGACAAUGAUGGGGUAAUAAUUUUAACAUUUUUAUAA